AUACACAGUGCAGGAAGUGCAGUAGAAAAGGACGAACUAAUGGCGUGAUCGAAGUGCACUCGAUUACACUUGCUAUCGUCAGAAGUAUCAUAACCUCACAAAGUUGCCUUUGAUAGUGUUCGACACACUAGCAAUUUUUCGUUCUACGUUUAUCAUUUAUCGCACAAUUCGCACGUCUCAUCGUUUCAUCUUGAAUUUUGACACCUCGUACAGCAUCGAUACUAUUCUUCUUACUGUAUUAAUGGAGUAAUGGUCAGAUUGCCCUAAUAAUCCUUUGGAAGAACGAGUACCAAUAACUGAAAGAAGAGGAAAACACCACUUGUUCAGAUGUAAAUAGACGCGUUGCUGAAACGUCAUACGUGUUUUUCUCCGAAAGGUGAGCAGGCAAAAUGGCCCAUUCGUCGGCGAAUGUGACCGUUUCGAGCAUCCUGAAGAACAAGAGCUCGUUCGACGAUGAGCCACGGAAGAAAAGUCGAGAGGACUGGCGUAAGGCGAAGGAGCUCGAGGAGGCGCGGAAGGCCGGCACUGCGCCCGCGGCCGUCGACGAAGAGGGUAAGGACAUAAAUCCACACAUCCCGCAGUACAUCAGCGCGACACCGUGGUACUUUGGCGCCCAGGGUCCUACCCUGAAGCACCAGCGGCCGCAGCCAGAGAAGCAGAAGGAAUACAGCUCGAUAGACGUGUGGUACAAUCGCGGGGUGGACUCCUCGCGGGUGAUCACCAAGUAUCGCAAGGGCUCCUGUGAGAAUUGCGGUGCGAUGACGCACAAGCGGAAGGACUGCAUGGAGAGGCCGCGCAAGGUCGGUGCCAAAUACACCAAUUCGAAGAUUGCGCCAGAUGAAUUCACCCAGCCAGAACUGUCGAUGGAUUACGACGGCAAGAGGGACAGAUGGGCCGGUUACGAUCCUUCUGAGCACCGCGCGAUCGUCGAGGAGUACCAGAAGAUCGAGGAGGCCAAGCGGCAGAUGCGUGCUGACAAACUCGAUGCAGAGGGCGAGAACGAUGGGGAGCAGGACUCUGACAAGGACGAGGACAAGUACGUAGACGAGGUCGACAUGCCUGGCACGAAGGUCGAUUCCAAGCAGCGUAUCACUGUACGAAAUCUGCGGAUCCGCGAGGAUACUGCCAAGUACCUGCGCAAUUUGGAUCCAAACUCGGCGUACUACGAUCCGAAGACGAGAUCCAUGCGAGACAAUCCCUACGUCGGUACGGAUCGCGAGGUGGAUUACAAGGGUGAGAACUUCAUGCGGUUUUCGGGGGACACGCAGCAGCAUGCCAACGCGCAGUUGUUCGCCUGGGAUGCGCACGAGAAGGGAGUCGACGUGCACCUGUUGGCCGAGCCCACAAAACUGGAGUUACUGAAGCAAGAGUACGACAAAAAACGUGACGAAUUAAAGGACAAGGCGCGCGACAGCGUGAUCGAGCGUUAUGGGGGCGACGAGCACCUUAAGGCGCCACCCAAGGCCCUGCUGUUAGCGCAGACCGAGCACUACGUCGAAUACUCGAGGUAUGGUAAGAUAAUUAAGGGACAGGACAGGCAGGUGAUACGGUCCAAGUAUGAGGAGGACGUUUAUCCGAACAAUCACACAUCGAUCUGGGGCUCCUACUGGCAGGAUGGCAAAUGGGGCUACAAGUGCUGUUACUCUUUCAUCAAAAAUUCGUAUUGCACCGGCGAGUCGGGAAAGAGAGCGGUGGAGGCGGUGAGCAACAGUGCACCAGAUAAAAUCAUAUCCGAACCAGAAGAGACAGAUGAUAAGUCGAGUAUGGUGGAGGACAAGAAUCCUUCCUCCAGCAGUGAGUCUUCGUCCGAGGAUGAAGACAUGAAAAGUAAAACGGAAAAGCAAAGUAAGGCAGCUAAACGGAAAUUGAAGAAACAGAAGCGGAAGGAAAAUCGCAAGAAUAAGAAACGAAAUAAUGCGGAUCAAGAUGAGGAUAAAAUGAAAGUAGCACUGAGAAAGGAGGAGGAGAGUGCGAGGCAGGCGAAUAGGAUAUUGAGCAUGGAUGAGAGGAAACGUCCGUACAAUAGCAUGUAUGAAGCGAAGGAGUUGACAGCGGAAGAGAUAGAGGCGUAUCAAAUGAAACGCAAACGUGACGAGGAUCCAAUGGCCCAUUUUUUUUAAAAUAAUGUUAUUUUAACGAUAUGAAACUAAGAUCUGUUUUCUUGAUUUAACUCACUUUUUAUCUUAGAAUUACGAAAAGAUAGAAAGUAAAUUAAAUCGAGUUUAAAAUAAAGCUACAUUGGUGUAAACUGAUGUUGUAUAUAUGUGUAUAUGUAAAGUUUGCAAUAUUCAUAUUAAAUAUUCUGUGAGAAGUUUACAGAUAUAGCACUUUAAAUAUAUUUAGCACUUAAAUUAUAUUUAUUAUAUAUUAGUUCUUCUGGUAGAAUUGUAGAAAAAUUUCUAAUUAAUUGUACAAUUUGUUGUCUCUGAUUUAAUUUUUUCAUGUGUAAUCUUUCUAAAGUAAGUCCUAGAGUAAAUAGUACACUUGUAAUUUUAAUUAUGUGAUUAUGUAAUAAAUGUAUUACAAUACUAAUA